CUGCUGCUGGAGACACAUUUUCUUUGAGUCUCGACUCCAGAAAACAAAUCAGCAAAAAUGAGCGGCCGCGGAAAAACCGGAGGAAAAGCCAGAGCUAAGGCCAAGACCCGCUCUUCCCGUGCAGGACUCCAGUUCCCUGUGGGCCGUGUUCACAGGCUGCUGCGUAAAGGCAACUAUGCGGAGCGUGUUGGUGCCGGCGCCCCCGUCUACCUGGCGGCUGUGCUGGAGUACCUGACCGCUGAGAUCCUGGAGUUGGCUGGAAACGCUGCCCGCGAUAACAAGAAGACCCGUAUCAUCCCCCGUCACCUGCAGCUGGCUGUCCGCAACGACGAGGAGCUCAACAAGCUGCUUGGCGGAGUCACCAUCGCUCAGGGCGGCGUGUUGCCCAACAUCCAGGCCGUUCUUCUGCCCAAGAAGACCGAGAAGCCCGCCAAGAAGUAAACCACUGCUGCAUCA